AUGGAUGACGUUAUACAGCCUGACUCAUCGCCCAUGGCUCAUAGCAGUCAACAGGAUGGCGGAAAUUCUGACGAUAGUGAAGAUGAAGAAGUAUUCGAAGACGACACCGAGAAUCGGAUUACCUCGACCACGGGUGUUGGCGAUCUCAUUGAUGGAACUUCCAUGGAUGCGGAUGAUCUACAAGAGUAUCAUAACGGUACAGUUUCUACGAUAGCUCUUCCAAAAUCUAGGCUUCGAAUCUUGGAGGAGUAUCGACGAAUCAUGAACUAUAUGGAUGAUGAAUUUAGGUCUGAUUUGGCUCUUCAUCUUUACGCAGUACAUCUUCUCCACAUAAGGAACCAAUAUUAUCCGAAUCGCAAAUUCACCGAUUGGCCUUUAAGUGAAGAUGAGAUGCCUCCUGUGAAGCAAGAUUUUGAAGCUGAGUUUGGACCUGAUAGAUUCACCCAAUACACUGAUGUAUGUAAUGAUUCUGGGAAGAAGAAGCCCGAGGGAUAUAUGUUAGAGUUCUAUAAUCCGCAUGUUUCUGCUGUUGAAGACAUGAAACAGACUCUUGAUAUUCUGUUUGAAAGGAAAAUUGGUAAGAAAAUUAUAGAGCAUAAUCAGAAGCAUGCCGAUGAUAGAGAAGAUAACGGUCAGAGAAGGGUAUUUCAAGCCACUGUUGGCCAUGAUAUUAGAAUUCCAGAUGAGUUGAAAGAUCAGCUGUUUAACAGACUGAAUGGACUACUUGAUUCACUUAUCAUGAUGCGUCGAAACCAACUUGUUUCAGAUAAUAGCAAGGUAGAUGAAAGCAUCAAUCUACCCUUAGAUUGGCACGAUGUAUCGUCUACUCUUGGAAACCCCGACGAGAGAUUGCAAUUACGUCAGUUGUUCUCUCUUAUUCCUGAAAAAAAUCCCUGUGAGUCCGAUCCAGGACAUAGAAUAAAGGCAAACUUGCAUGCUAUGAUCUUAGGCCGUGACCUUGUAAAAGAAGGCAUUGACAAAAUCCAUGGUCAGUUAAUGAAUAAAAGACACAAAUUGGAUGAAUAUGAUGACGAAGACGAAGACAUCACCACAUUGUCGGUGUUUACACGAAGAGACAGAGAAAGUCUUUCCGCACAGACGCUUAAAAAGCGGGUCCAAUAA